AUGGCAAAUUUCCACACGGACUGCAUAGAGAAGCCCCUGCGCCUCUGGUUUGAGAUGAUGGGCUGUUUCAUUGGAUGUCACCCAUGGUGGUUCUUCAUUGCCCCUCUUGUCCUCUCAGCAGGGCUGGGGAGUGGAUUUUAUUUUCUCACGGACAGGAUGUCCAACGACAUCGAGGAGCAGUUCACGCCUGUUGAUGGGAAAGCCAAGAUGGAAAGAAGAUACAUUCAAGAGACUUUCCCAGAAAAUGAUUUGAUGUUUUCUAGUGUAAGGCUGAGCACAGAUGGGACUUUUGCAACUUUCAUAGCCACAAGUGACAGCAAUGUUCUGACUGUGGAAUCACUUCAGGAGAUACUAGACCUGGAUCGUAAAGUUAGGACCAUGGUAGUGUCAUUUGACAACAAACCAUUUGAAUAUGUCAAUCUCUGUGUUAGAGUGAAAGGAAAUUGCUACUCUAAUGACAUUCUGGAUAUUAUUGGUUACAACACCAGCAAUAUAGACCUCGUCAAUUUGACAUUUCCAUGGUAUUACUAUAAGUCUCAGCGCGUUGCCUUGUAUGCCAGUCUGGGCAGUGUGAAAUUAAACAAAGAGAACUCGGUUGUUGAAAGUGCUCAGGCCAUACAACUCCGUUACUAUUUACAAGACGACAACAAAACAAAAACAGACCGGUGGUUGGAAGACUUUUUGAAUCUGCUCUCAAACAUAUCAACAACUUCCAUUAAGGUGUCAUACUCCACGUCCAUGUCAAUGCAGUGGGAAUUUGAGAAAUCUCCAGGUUCAGUCAUCCACCUCUUCGCCAUCACCUACACCAUUGCCAUUACAUUUUCUAUCAUGUCAUGCUGGAGGCUGGAUAAUGUGAGAAAUAAGGUGUGGGUGGCAUGUGGUGGAGUGUUUGCCACAGCUCUAGCGAUCCUGUCCAGUUUUGGCAUGUUGCUGUUGAUUGGCCAGACUUUCGUCAUGACAGUUGCCUCCUGCCCUUUCAUGAUACUGGGUAUUGGAAUUGAUGAUAUGUUCAUCAUGGUGUCCUGCUGGCAGAGGACUCAUGUUAAGGAUGAUGUUCCCAAACGUCUCGCUGAUACCUAUAAGGACGCCGCUGUCUCCAUCACCAUCACCAGCCUGACUGAUGCUCUUGCUCUCUUUCUGGGCUACACCUCAACCUUCCGCUCAGUCCAAUCCUUCUGUCUCUAUGGCGGGCUCUCUGUUGUUUUCUGCUAUUUAUACAACAUCACUUUCCUGGGUGCUUUAAUGGCUUUGAAUGGACAGAGGGAAGAGAAGAAUAGGCACUGGUUCACCUGUUCUGUGAUUCCUUACGACCUACCAAGUGAUAAGUCAAAAUGCUUCACUUUCUGGUGUGAUGGUGGGAGCUAUGAUCCAAACACUAACAUGGAGAAAAUGCAUCCAAUGAACCACUUCUUCAAGAAGUUCUAUGGCCCAUUUCUGACCCAAAAAUGGAUUAAACUUUGUGUACUUGUCAUCUAUGCUGGAUAUCUGGCUGUGAGCAUCUAUGGAUGUUAUACUUUAGAGGAGGGACUAGAUAUCAGGAACCUGGCUUCAGACGAUUCCUACAUAAGCAAUUACUACGAUGACCAAAGCUUGCACUUCUCUGAAUAUAGCCUUAGUGUGAUGGUGGCUGUGAAGCAGCCCUUACCUUACUGGAGCGAAGAUGGCCAAAAGAAUUUCAGUUCAUGCAUUGCAAAUUUUGAAAAUCUGAAUUAUGUUAACAACACGUUUGCUUGGCUCCUUUCCUUUCAACAAUAUGCAAAUGCUGCUAGUCUCAAUAUAAACUCUCAACAGGCUUUCCAACACCACCUGCUGGAGUUCCUGGACCUCAGUCCUAUGUUCAGACAAGACAUCAACUUUACUGCCGACAAUGAGAUUCAGGCUUCUCGCUUUUUCAUUCAAAUAGUCAAUCAAACCUCCACCAAGGAUAUGUUGAUUGGCCUUAGGAAAACGGCGGAGCAAUGUGAAGUUAAGCUUCUGGUGUACCACCCUGCUUUCAUCUACUUUGAUCAGUACACUGUCAUUUUGCAAGACACCAUUGUAACCAUCCUGGUGGCUGCCAUUGUGAUGCUGGUCAUCUCACUCAUGCUGAUACCCAACGUCCUCUGUUCCUUCUGGGUGGCCUUUGCAAUUUGUUCAGUUAUUGUUGGUGUGGUGGGAUUCAUGGCUCUGUGGGGGGUGAACUUGGAUUCCAUUUCCAUGAUCAACCUGGUCAUGUGUAUUGGCUUUUCCGUAGAUUUCUCAGCCCACAUCUCUUACUCUUUCAUCUCCAGCCCUAGCUACAACAUGAAUGAAAAAGCUCAGGAUGCUGUGGCCCACUUAGGCUAUCCAGUACUUCAAGGUGCAGUGUCCACUGUUUUGGGAGUGGUGGUGCUCUCCACAUCUGGGAGUUACAUCUUUAGGACAUUCUUCAAGAUCAUGUUUCUGGUGAUUAGUUUUGGGUUAUUCCAUGGAUUAGUGUUUAUCCCGGUGUUUCUGGCCCUGUUUGGAAUAUGCAAGAAAUGUUGUGAAUGA